CGUAUUUCGCGCUGUGGCGUGGCAGCUGCACCGUUAGCCAUGGAGCUCGCGUGCGCAGCACUAGCUCGCUAGGUGGCUAACUGGGCUUUUUAAGCCGCGUCCUAGUGAAACCCUGUCGGUAACUAGCAGCUGGCCCGGUUAGUUAGCGAGGUCGGACGAGUGACCGCUGUUUGCGGGACUGCGGCCGCGGAUAAACUAGGUCCUGGGGAAUAGCUGAAGUCUUUGAUUACUGCCUAGCCCGCUACAUGCCGCCCUAAGUGUGGAGGCGGGGGGCACACGAUACUUUCUCUUGUUUACGUUACUGCCUGGUCAGCUGUCUGGCGUGACACUGCCAAAAUCAGCAGCGGGUGAUCUCCUAAAACCAGCGUUCGGAUACCCUGCUCACCCCUCACAAUCAGCCAAUUCAGUUCUAUUCUCUACCUUUCUAAAACGUUGGGAGAGGGUUACUGAAGUCUGUCGGCAUAUUUCCGGAGGAUUAAAGCGAUUUAUGGCCGGUUAAAUAUAAUCGGGUGCGAUAAUACGUCAGUUGGUUCUUUGGUCACAUUCCCAGCAGUACUGUUUAAUAUGUCAGGUCAGCUGUCAGGUCCUUCACUUAAGGACGGGUUUAUCAAAUUUGAAGUUAAGUGAACUCUUGCACAUCGCGAUAAACUGUUUCUGUUAAAGAACGUUUAGGGCAGGGUGUAACCCAAGGGGGUGUGUAGGUGCGUAGUCAGUAUAGGGAAAUAACAACUGGCUUUCCACAGCUGUGUUCAGAUGGACAAGCCUACGUUUCAUGUCACAUGUCAGCUCGAGGCUUGCUUUUGUGAUAUGGGUUAGGACAGCCUGGUAGAUGUGCUGGAAAUAGUCUGCCUGCGAAACGCCCGCUGCCAGCAUUUAUUUUUAAGAGCACCGAGAAGGUUGAGGUUCACUUGAACAGUUGGUUCGUGCCAGCCCCUGUUCUCCACCUGUCUGUAGCGAGGCUGCUUCGUGACCUGACAGCCGCUGUCAGCUAUUUCCCCCCCCUCCCUUCUUCUUGGGCUCUGGUCACCUUGUGGCUCCGCUUUUCAGCUGAACUCGCGGAGGGGCAGAUAAGGGGCAGGCACCAGCGGGAAGCAGUCAGCUCUUCACACACCCCCAGUCUUUCUGCACUUACACAACGCAGCACACGGCUGGCUCCCGUUGUCUCUUUGCCUCUGAGGGUCAGCGGUGAGGAUGAUGUGUUGGCCUGCCCUGGGGCUGAUGGCCUAGCCAGUGGCUACACAGAGCCAGCGUAGCAGGGGGGAGGGAGGGGGUGAGGGUUGUGGAAUGCUGCGGUGGACGGUGCACCUGGAGGGUGGCCCGCGGCGGGUCAACCACGCGGCAGUGGCUGUGGGCCACAGAGUCUACUCCUUCGGGGGUUACUGCUCUGGUGAGGACUAUGAGACGCUGCGACAGAUCGACGUCCACGUCUUCAAUGCAGUGUCACUGCGUUGGAUGAAAUUGCCACCUGUGCGCACUGGCGGGAGGGAGCAUGCGCGGGAGGUGCCCUACAUGCGUUAUGGCCACACGGCCGUGCUGGUGGACGACACUAUCUACCUGUGGGGGGGGCGCAACGACACGGAGGGGGCCUGCAACGUUCUCUAUGCCUUCAACGUCAACAAUCACAGGUGGUCCACGCCCAAGGUUUCCGGGACGAUCCCAGGAGCGAGAGAUGGGCACUCGGCCUGUGUCCUGGGGAAGACCAUGUACAUCUUUGGUGGAUAUGAGCAGCUUGCUGACUGUUUCUCUAAUGACAUCCACAAGCUAGACACAGUGACCAUGACCUGGUCUUUGGUCAAUGCCAAGGGUACACCGGCUCGCUGGAGGGACUUUCAUUCUGCCACUAUCAUCGGCAGCAAGAUGUUUGUGUUCGGGGGACGGGCCGACCGUUUCGGGCCAUUCCACUCCAACAACGAGAUCUACUGCAACAAGAUCAAGGUGUUUGACACAGACACCAACUGCUGGCUGGACUCCCCCUCCACGCAGCUGCUACCCGAGGGACGCCGGAGCCACUCAGCCUUCGCGUAUAACGGGGAGCUCUUCAUCUUUGGAGGCUACAACGCCCGCCUGGACCGCCACUUCAAUGACCUCUGGAAGUUUAAUCCAGAAAGCUUCUCUUGGAAGAAGGUGGAUCCCAAGGGGAAAGGUCCAUGUCCUCGAAGGCGUCAGUGCUGCUGCAUGGUGGGAGACAAGAUCAUCCUGUUCGGGGGAACCAGGUAA